AGUCAUGACAAUGACGCGUCAAGGUUGCGAGCGUGAAACAAAGUUUCGAGAUUCUAAACACGUUGAAAGAAAAGUUACGUUAUUCUGUCCAAGCACUUCCAACAGAUCUCCAUCUUGUGAAGUCCCAUAUUCUGACGAUAAUUUUUAUGAUGAAAUCAUCUCAGAAAUAUCUAUUCGAAGAUUCACCGAUUGUCUAAAGACAAUGGAUAAUGGUGAGAGUGAAGUAAAAUUCAAAACUGUACUAAAUCAACGAGCGCCUAAUUUUACUAACGACCCAGAACUACUUUCCUCACUUUUGAAAAAGAAUGAGGCCUUGUUAAAGGAGAAUACUGACUAUAAAUCAGUAAUUAAAAGGCAAAAUUUACAAAUCAAACUGCUGGAAAGUAAACUCAAAAUGCGCCAUGCUGACAUGAGAGAAGAUAAUAUUGGAGCAAUAGAUCAGAAAAAUAUUGAAAGGCUGCAGAAACGUUGCGAAGAGUUACAAGAACAAGCAAGCAAUGAAAUGAAUAAUUACAUAUAUUAUUUCAAUCCAUAGAUUUUUGAAAUGAAGGAAUUUUUUCAAGACCAUGGUCUCAUGUGGAUAGGGAGACAAUCAACUGAUCAUGUAACCAGUCCAAGAAAUGAAACUGGUCUAAAACUCAAUGAAACAACCUUCGGUCGCCUAAUUCAACAAAUUCAUUUAUUGAGUAAUUGGAACAACGACGCGCACAAUGAGAAAAAAUUUAUUUCACAAUCAAAUUCAUCUAAUAUAGUUUGCUUACAAAAUCAACCACCGAUUCCACUAACUCUAUAUGCAGAUGGAUUAUGUUUUAACUCAGGACCAUUUCGCCCUUAUAAAAAUCAUGAUACGCUACAGUUUGUCCAAGAUAUAUUAGACGGUUACUUUCCAUCAGAAUUACAAUCUUCUUAUCCGAAUGGGGUUCAAUUCAGACUAAUCGACAAACACACAACUCAUUUUAUGUUAUUAAAAGAACCAACACCAUUUUCAUCUUUUGGUUAUAAACUUGGAAGUUCUCUAACAAGUGAACAAGAUGCUGAUCAAGAAGUUUUCUUCACUGAUGAGGAACAUCUAUCAAACAUUGAUAAAAACGAAGGAUUCGGUAUUAAACAAGUUGAAAAUCAAACGAAAGUAGAAUGUAAAAUGUUCAAUAAACUAACUUCAAACACACUAAGCACUGAUGGGCGAACUAAAUCUUUAACUUUUGAUGAAUUGCUAAAACGUUUACCGGAAUAUAAAUUAACAAAAUCUGGUCAACUGUUAAAUAUUAGAAACGACAUAAAAAGUGAAUUCGGUGAAAAAAUUAGUAUUCCGUCAACCAGAAUAAUUAAAAAAGAUUGCAUAUUUAAAAAUAACACAACAGACAAGAAUCGAUUAGAAUCAGAACUUAUAACAUUAAGGAUUUAUUCGGAAAGUGGUUUGCAAAUUUACAAUGUUGAAAUGCAUCCAAAAGAUACAGUAGGAGAUUUAUAUGCAAUGUUAGAUCGUGCUAGAUCGACAACACUACCAAAACCUAAUAGAAAUUAUUGCCUUGUAGCUAUGGGUUUAUUUAACACCAUUGAAAAUCCCAAUGAGUUAUGCAAUCACCAAAUGUUAGUUGAUCAUUCUGCAACAUUGGCUGCAUCUGGCAUAGUAGAUCGUACAACGCUUCGUAUGGAACUAAUUCCACAAGAAUUGACGAAAAAUCAAUCACAGUUUGAUGUAAAUAAUGCUUUGUUAGAUCAACGGUUAAACUUAUGGAGUCAAAACGAAUCAGUAACGUAAAAUGGUAUCUUAAAUCAACUUUUUUAAUGAAUUGCUGAAACUAUAAGAACUGGGUUGAAUAUUGGAUAUUUGCCACAACUUUUAUAAAGAAAGAAAGCACAAAAUACUUUGAUGUUACAUUUAGUUUUAUUUUGAAUACAGUAAUCUUAUAUCAGAAUCCAUUGUUCUAUUUUUGUUAACACAUUAUUUCGUUUAAAUUUUGUUUGUAUAGAGAGGAAUUGGCCAACUAUUCUAUUAAAGAGUUUGAGUAUUUGUUUUAAAAGUAAUAUGAAUAAGUUGGAUGGUUAUAUUAUGAAUAUCGCAUAAAAGGUUGACUAAUAUGUAAGGAACUGUAUGAUUCACAUCUUUAUGAACUGAUUACUAUCUUACUAAGGAAGAUUAGUAUCUGUAUUGAAAAGUAGUGUUUAGUUUUUCAGCAUCUGAGAUAAUAAAUGAAAUGUGUUCCAGUAUACGAACUCUGUGUAGUAGUCUUUACUUAGUUAAUGAUCUCUUAUAUUACUCUUAGUAUGCCUUAGAAAUUCGAAGCACUUCAAAAUCAAAUGAACACUUGAGCAAUAAUUAAGUUCUCAGGUAUCGAACUCAUCAAAAUGCAACACUGAUAAACAAGAAAGACCUGAUGCGAAUGAAAAGCAAGAAUUGACAAAGCAAGGGCUGUAUUCCUAUGAUUGGAGAACAUAUGGAACUCAAAAAUACUGUCAACUAAUUUCAAAGUGAGAAUCUUCAAUACG